CUACUAUGAAGUAGCAGUCAUUGCUAUACCAUAUACGAUUUGCGUAGUAUCUACAUUUCUUGGACUGUCCGAAGAUUUUUCCUCAUAAGUUUCGAGGGUGUUUUAGUGUAUUUGUUAAGUUAUUUUUGGUUGUUUAUUUUGUAGUGUUUUUAAAGACCUCACAGCCCUCCUCUUCUUUCUUGAUAAGUGAAGCUACAGUGCUCGUGCUCCCGUUCUUUCUGUUAAAGGGUGGAGGAUUCCUUCGGGGGAUCUCGCCGGAGUAAUUCUUCCGGGUUUUUGUUGAGUUUAGAGGAAGGAAAGCAGUGGGGAGGGCUCUGCUUUUUCCCCCGAUCCGAAUCCAAGAAGUGUGAAAAUUUCUCUUUUCAAGAGAGAAAAGUUCUUUUCUUUUUCUCUCCCUUUCAGUCUGCUCUUUUGUUGAUUCAUUGUAGAGAAAUGGGAUUGAAAGUUGCUGCAAGUUCUUUACAUUGGUCACAAUCGACAGUUCCUCACUUGCCAUCUUCUUCGCAAACAUUAGCGUCAGCGAUUUCCUCCCCGUCGUCCUCGAAACGACGUUCGCUUAGCUGCGAUGGAGCUCUCAUCUGCCUGUACGUGGAGAGCUCGGCCCUGUUGUUGGGUGGCCCCCAGUCCUGCAAGCGCAACACGUCUCGAUCUUGUAAUAGUAGGAGAUCCCGGGUUGGAACUAUCAGAAGAGCAUUGAGUGCUAGCUUGGAUUCGUUUUCAGAUGAAGAAUUCUCCAAGAAGAUUGAAGAAUCGGCCCUCAGGUUUCAACGCAGCGAUGACAAUGAGGGUGAGAGUGCAAGAACUGAUGAUUCUGGGCAAGCAAGGUUGGAAAAUGCGGACGCUGCUUCCAGUGCUGAGGAUAAGUUCUUGGAAAAUUUGAAGCAGUUUGAUGCUUUAGAGCCACCUGAUUUUCCGGAACGAGAUGAAAUAAUUCCUGCUAACAUUGAGAGGAAGGCGAAUAGGGUUGAAAUUCCGUUGUCCCUUAGAAUAAUAAAGCGGAAGAAACAAUGGCAAGAAGGGUUUAUGGAAGCUGGGGAGUCGGCCUACUGCUCAGUGAAGGCGGCCUUUUCUUCUAUGGUGUUUAUAAUCCGCGAGCUCCAUAGUUUUACUCUGCAGAUGAGGGAGGUUUUGUUUUAUGAAGAUUUACAAGGGAUUUUGGCAAAUGUUCAGAAGGAAAUGCACGCUUCGUUCGUCUGGUUGUUUCAGAAAGUGUUCUCCCACACCCCGACUUUAAUGGUUUAUGUGAUGAUACUUCUUGCCAAUUAUAGUGUUUAUUCAUUAUCGAGUAAUGCUGCAAUAGCUGCUGCACCAACGGCACAACCAUACUCAGUUGCAAUGGAACAUGUUUCCGUGGUAGAAGAUCAGAGUUCAGACAAGCAGAAGUUCCAUUCAUCGAUUGUUAGAAAUUUCAAAUUGUCUUCUUCGAAUGGAAAGUCGACUUCAGUAGGAGGAAACAAUGGCGGCGGUGGUGGUGGAAAGUACAGGCCGGUCGGUAGUGGUACAGAUGGAGAUGGGAGGUUCGAUGAAUCAAAUUACCAACCAACUAUUACUCCUGAUGGGCAAUCCUCGCUCGGGAAUCCCUCUAGGACUAGUGGGGAAGAGACAGUCUCCAGUGAAUCAGUUCUAGAAGAAGAGACGGCCUUAUGGAAUUCAAUCGUGGAAGAAGCUUCACGAACACGGGCUGUGGAUCAAGAAACGACCCAAAAGUUUGUAUCGCCGGUCGACGCAAGAAUCGAAGCUGAUGAUUAUUCAGAAUACUUCAGAACAGAGCUGCUAUACCAAACAGAACUGGCCCAUGAUCCCAACAACCCUCUUUUGCUAGCAAACUAUGCUCAAUUUCUCUACCUGGUAGCUCAAGAUUUUGACAGAGCUGAAGACUACUUCAAGAGAGCUGCGAAAGUGGAACCGAAAGACGCAGAAGCAUUGAACAAAUACGCCACCUUCCUGUGGCUGGCGAAGAACAAUCUCUGGGCUGCCGAGGAGACCUACUUGGAGGCCAUCACUGCAGAGCCCGAGAACUCAUACUACGCUGCUAAUUAUGCCCAUUUCCUAUGGAACACUGGCGGCGAAGACACUUGUUUUCCUCUGGGCUCUCCCGAUUCAACUACUGAGGUGUAACUCUGAAAUCAUCACAAAGAGCAAACCCGUCGAAUUCUCUCCUGUUCAUCGAAAAUAUCGUUGUUGAUGAUAAAUAUCCGAGGGAGAGCUGGGAUGCAAGAGCUAGGCUGUAGAUUUUUUUUCCUUUUUUUUUUUUUUUGUCUUCUUGCUUUUACAUAUACAUAGGAAUUUUUCUUUUUAUUUUUUAAUUUAUGGAGCGGAGGAGGGGGUGAUUGGUGGGUCAGCAUUCCCGACGUAUUUUGAACCCGAUUGGAGUUGAAGCGACAGGUGAAGGAUUGAGUUGUAAUGCACCCGGCUACACCCAACAAUUUCACCUCGAGAGUGAUUGGUGGGGAAGGAAGGUGAGAAUGGUCUCAUUUUGGUUUCUAGUUACUUACACAAGCACUUGGCCAAAAUUGUAAUUAGACUUUCUUAUUUAUAGAUAACCGCUAUUUUUCUUUUUUUA